AACAGCUCUGCAAACACACCUGCGCAGAUGUCGAUAGCUGUAUAUGAUUCUUAAUCACUCUGUUGUUUCGUGUGUUUUUGAGCAGUUUAAUUAAACACGGUUGAUUUAUCAGAAUGUCUGUUGCGGAUUUUCAGAGAGAAACGGAGCGUCUCAGAAAGUUACUUUGCAAACACAACAGAGAAACUCACAGAAUUCAUGAUCUCAAAGAGACUUUAAGUGUGUUUGAAGAAUUUGACAAUAAACUCCAAACUGAACUCAAAUCUGACAUCCUGAAGGUGCAACAACAGCUGCAGAAGAUGAAGAAUUGUGUUUAUAGAUUUCAGGUGCAGCUCACAGAUGUCAAACCAUCUCCAGACUUGAUUGACAAAUUAAAAGACACCAUGACAGAUAUCGAAAACUCCAUCAACAUGUUCAAAGACUCACAAUAUCAAAGUUUUGAGGAGCUCUUGAAAGAGGAGACGACAGUUUGGCAGGAAAUCACUGCCUUGGAGAAAAAGAUUGAUGUUUGGUCUUUGCCAGUAAAAGCAGACGGUCUUCCACGAGCUCGCUCGGACAAACUCUCCACAGACCAGAAGAACUCGAGGAAUCUUCUUCCAGAGGUGACGGCUCUUGAGAUGUUUCUCCAGCAGCGAGGAGGCUCACAGGGCGGCUGGGACACGUAUGACCAUCAGAGCUUCGUAAAAGUUUGGACGAAACACAGCGGAAAACCCUCCUACAGAAAAGAAGCCAAGUUUUAUUUACCUGAUAAAACUGAAGAGGACAUUAAAGUGCAUGAAGAGUGGUAUCUUGAGCUGUGCCAUCUACAGGACAACAAGAGGGAGGCCAUCCAAAGAUGGAGAGCAGCCAAGCAGAGAGAGCAGGACCUUCAGAGAGAGCAGCAGGACAGAGAUGAUGUGAAGGAGGAGCUGGAGGAGACGACCGCAGCGGCUCAGCGCCUCAGACAGGAGCAACAACGCAGGGAGGCGUCGGAGCGACUGGAGGCCUGGAGAAACCGCAAGAAACAGCAGCAGGAAGAAGCUCAGGAGCAGCAGCUGAGAGACGAGAUCCUCAGGAGGAGACGUGCAACAGAAGAGCGCAGGAGACAGCUGGAGGUGAAGCUCCUUGUGGAGGCGCAUGUCCGACAGAAAAAGCAGGAGGAGGAGCAGCGUCUGCUGGAGAAGGAGGUGCAGGAGCAGAUGGAGAGAGAGGAGCGUCACAGACUCGUGGCAGAAAACAUCAAACACUUUCAAGAAAGAGACUCGCAGCGUUUAGAGGUAAAACUGCAGGAGAAACAGAGUAAACACGAGGAGGACUGUGAGCGACAACGGAAACUAGCUAAACUCAAGGAGAAGGUGGAAGUUCAUGUCAGUCGAGAUCCCUCGAGACUUUGGAGAGCCACUGAAGGGUGGGAGUCUCGAACUAAAGCGGUUGGCCCGUCCGGGUGUGGACCGGUGUUACACAUGUUCCACAGGGCCGUUCCAACAUGGAGACAAGACUUGUGAAAUCCUGAUGCAGAAGAACUCAACCAGCAAAUCUCUGAGAUGUUGCAUACAAUUAUUAAUUUAAAGAUACUCAAUAUUUCUGUUGGUUUCUUCUGACAUCUUCAUGAUAUCAUAUUUUACAUUUAAAUGGCCAUUAAACUUUAUUUUUGAUCACAAUGCACCUGCAAAUCAUUUAA